ACAGUUGAGGUUAAAAAACAUAUGGGUUAAAUAUAUUAAAUAGAAACAGACAAGUAACAAUAGUUUUAAACUGUGAAGUAUUAAUUUUUUAUGAAUAAUGACCUCAGUAUGACCUAUUAGGAUGAAUUUAAAGAAGCUUUUGAAUCUUGGAGAUUUUAAUAUAAAAAGUGGGAAUGUAACGAUUUCUAAAUGCUACUAAUAACGCAAAGAACUGUGCAAGUUCUUAAAAAGUUGUUAUGGAAUUUGCUGAUCUUAUAGUUGCCCCUAAUGUUGAUAAUGUUGUUUUCCAUGGCCCUUUUAAUACCUCUGUGGAGGCAACAAUGUGUAUUACUGGACAUCACUUAAUUUUAUCUCCACAUAAGGAACAAUAUCAGGAACUAUGGUUAAUUCAUGAAGGAAUAGAUGCUUUAGAAAAGAAAGUAAACAGUUCUGGAUCCCAUGGUCCCAAUGGAGGAUCAAUAACAUUGAAGUACAAAGAUUUUAGGAUAGUUCAAAUAGAUUUUGGUAACAUAGAAGAUUAUACUAAUGUCAGUAUAUCCUUAGAACGAUUAUCAAAUAUUGAAAAUGUGAAGCUCAGCUAUCCUUUCUUCUACCGUCCUAUGUAUACCAUUUUAGAAGAUGGCUAUACCCUUUUUCAACCAGAAAUAGAAUUUGCAAAACUUUUAGCAAGUGAAGAAUGGCGUAUAUCCCAUGUUAAUAAAGACUAUUCUGUGUGUCCAACCUAUGCUUCUUCUUUAGUUGUUCCCAAAAAGAUAGAUGAUGAUACUCUUAUUGCUGCAGCUAGUUUUAGAGAUGGAGGUCGAUUUCCACUGUUGAGUUAUAGACAUGACAAUGGUGCUAUCUUAAUGAGAAGUAGUCAACCUUUGUUGAAUAAUAGUAAUAAAAGAUCAAGGCAUGAUGAAGAAAUUUUGAAACAAAUUAUUAUUGUUAAAAAAGGUUACAUAGUAGAUACUAGAUCUGCAAACUAUGCCAAUCAGUGCAAGUCUAAAGGUGGAGGUACAGAACCAGAGGGACACUAUUCCCAUUGGAAACGAAUACAUAAAGGACUUGAUAAAAUUUCUCAUUGUAACGGAGCACUUUUGGAAUCUCUUACAAAGUUAAUUGAUGCUGUAAAUGAUACACAUUGUUCUCAUGAUAAAUGGUUAUCACGUCUAGAAAAUAGUAAUUGGUUGACUCAUGUGCAGAAUGCAUUAGAUGCUGCAUGUCUGGUUGCUCAGUUUUUAGAUCAGGAUGGAGUGCCUGUUCUAGUACAUGGCUCAAAUGGAACAGACUCGACUCUAUUGGUAACUUCAAUAGCUCAAGUUAUUCUAAACCCAGAUUGUAGAACUGUUCGGGGUUUGCAGGCUUUAAUUGAAAGAGAAUGGAUUCAGGGAGGUUUUCCUUUUCAUAUGCGACAUCGAAAAAGUUGCUAUUCUGCUACAAAAAAUAAGCAGAAUCAACCAACAUUUUUACUUUUCCUAGAUUGCUUGCACCAACUUCACUAUCAGUUUCCUUGCAGUUUCGAAUUUAUAACUCAGUUUUUAAUCCAAAUCUUUGAACAUUCCUAUUCUAGUCAAUUUGGGACAUUUUUGGGUAAUUCAGAGGCUGAAAGAAAUAAAUUUGGUGUACAUACACAAACUACGAGCUUAUGGUCAUACUUAAAUCGGCCAGAAAUUCUCACUGCCUUUUUAAAUCCCAUGUAUGAACCUAACAAAGCACCCAUUUGGCCUAGUGUAGCCUCUGUGAGCAUUGUUCUCUGGGAAGAUUUAUUUUUUAGAUGGAUCAUUGAUCAAAAUGAAGCCAAAAAGGCAUUUGAAAAAAUAAAAAGCAUUGUAGCUGAUGAUAAAAGUUUAAGAUCAGUUGCUUUGAAAAUGAGAAAGGAACUGUUGGAUUUGCAUAAAGAAGUUCGAGUUAUACAGGAAUUUAUUAAGGAUGAAAUCGGUAUCGGUAAAGGUAUUUCAGAGGAAAAUCAAAGUAUAACAAAAACUUCACCAGAAGAAGCGCUUCAUUCAAAAGAAAUACUGAAAGAAGAAUUUAAUAAAGAAUGUACAUCUCUUGAUUUGCAACCUUCUCAAUAUGUUAAAUAAUUUAUUGCAAGAUAUUUAUACAGAUUCAUCACCAAAAUAUUUGUAUAUUCAAGCAUGGUAUUUAAAAACGUAAUUUUUUUGAAAGAUAUUUUUUUAUAUUAUUUAAAUUAGUUUAUCUGUUUAUAUAAUACAGAUAAAGAAGAUAGAGCUUAUUUUGAAAGUCACUAUUUACUCUUUAAUAUACUUUUAUGUUCAAGUAAAUGUAAGUAGGUACAUAUUUCAAAAUAGAUGGAUCAUAUUUCAUUUUCGUUAUAUAUUGUAGCUUUAAAUUCUAGGAAAGGGUGCAACAAAUGUGAUAAUUAGUAAAUUACUUUAAAUUCCGGAAAUUGCGAAACAAAAAUUAGAAGUAAGUUAAGUAGACAUAAUAUACACAAGACAAUCUAUAUUUUGUGUCAUUGCACGUUUAGCACGUUUUUCGUCUUACUAGUACCAACAAAAAUUGUAUUAAGGUAUAGAUUGAUUAUGUAAUCCAGUGUGUUACCUCAUUAAUCAGAACGUUAAUAGAAUAUUUAAUUUACUUCUACUUAAUAUGUAUAUAUUAUAUUGCUCUCAGAACAACAAAUACAUUUAUAGGCAUUGGA